AUAAAAAAACAGCAAUAAAAACAAACAAUCUUUAAACAAAUGAAAACAAGAUAAAUUACAAAAACGAUUGAGAACAAAAAAAUAAUACGAUAAACUUCUAAAAAAUUCCACGAAUUUGUGCAUGUGUAUGAGCUUGGUCUUGUGUUUGUGUGCGUUUGAGCAAAGCAAGCAAAGAGAGAACAAGAAAAGCAACAACAGUAAUAAACGAACUAUUCGAACGAGAAACCCAUUUCUUGGAGAAUAGCAAGAACAACAACAAAACGGCAAAAUGUCGACACAACGCAUUAAUGCAGCUGAAAAAGAUUUGGAAAAAUUCAUCAAAUUUCUGGCCUUAAAGUCCACCCAAGUUGUGGUCCAAUCUAGGCUGGGGGAGAAAAUCCAAACCAAAUGUAAUCCCCUGGCUGGCAACGAUUGGUUUAACAUUGUGGUCGAAGACCAUCCAGAUGUUUAUGCAGAAACCAAAAAGGCCUUGGCCCUUUCACCUGGAGAGAACAUAUUGAAACGUCUGCCCCUAUGCGUGGAAAUUUCCCUAAAAACUGCCGAAGGUGAUCAAAUGAUUUUGGAAGUGUGGUCGCUGGAUUUGCAAGUCGCCGCUGGUGGUGUCAAUUCAGCAAAGACAAAGGAUAACACAGCCGCCACCAAUGGUGGCACCAACAAUGAUAAAGGUGGCCUUAACCAAAAUAUCAACAAUGCUACAACAACACAACCAGAAACCCCAUGCCUAAAAACAGCCCACGCCAUAUACAAUCGCAUGGGAAUGCUUUUGAAAUCAUUAAUUUCGCUGACACGUAGCACACCCGCAUACAAGCUGUCGCGCCGCCAGUGCCAGGAUUCGUAUAGCAUUUACUAUCGCAUCUAUGUGGAUAGGCCACAGACCCAUGCCCUGGGCGAGGGCCAUAAAAGCGUGCGCAUUGGCAAUUUGAAUACCAUAGUGGGUAAUUUAGUGAUGAGCGUUUCGUAUCGCACCAAAAUGACCAUUACGCCCUCGGCGACAGCGGCUCAGACCAGAACGCGUGAGUCAAAUACCAUCAUGAUUGAUUCCAAUCACUUCAAGCAUUGCGAGAAUAAUAGCAAACAAAAUGCAAGUGCUGGCAACAACAAAAAGGGAAUGUCGGGCGGCUUAGGGGGUGAUAAGAAAAUCAUCGAUAUUGAGAAACCCUUGAGGCCGGGAGCGUUUACAGACGUGGGUAAAUUGCGCCAAUACACAGAGGAUGAUUAUGUGCUGCCCGAGACGCCGCCUUUCGAAUGGUUGCUGCGUAAGCCCAGGCUCGAGAGUACGGGAAGCAAUGGUACUGGCUAUGGUGGAUCCAUAGAAUCGCUAAAUCGUAAAUGUGAUUCGCCUCAGACCUCGCCACUGGGAAAUGGUCACCAGCAUAACAUCAACAACAAUGCUGCCAACAAUAACAACAACAAUAAUGCGAUCGCAACGAAUAACAAUGUGAUGGCAUUCAAAAGUUUGGAAAACGAUGAAAAUACUCAACAACUGUCUCAGAAAUCGCCCAAUAAUUCAACGCACUCACAAUCCCCCGUCAAGUCAUUGUUUAUACCCGCCCCUCAACCACCUGCCAGCGCCAACAUUAGCUGUAGCCGGCAGUCUGCCUUCUCACCCCAGUCCAUAAGCCUGGCCCAACAUCUGUCCUCCUGCGAUGAUGAGAAUCUACUCAAAGAAUUGAAUUUCCCCUUUGCCUCACCCACAUCACAUGUCAACGAUUUGGCGAAAUUCUAUCGCGACUGUUAUCAUGCCCCGCCGCUCAAAGGUCUUUCCGAGAUAAAUGUCGAAACCUGCAGUAUUGGUGGUGUGCCAAAUUCUUCGGUGGCGACAGCGGCGACGCCAUCCUCGUCCACCAAUAAUCAGCAACAAACACUUCCCUCCUCCUGCUCAUCCUCGUCAACGGCCAAAGGUGAAUACUCCUCUGUCGAUGAUCUCUCCAAGCAGCUGGAACAAUUUGAGACCUCUUUGGAAGACUACGAAAAAUUGGUGUCGCAAUAUAUUUUGCAAACGUCUUCAUCGACAGGUAGUCGCAGCAGUGGUGGCUUGCAAAUGAGCAAUUAGGUACGAGCCAAGUGUCAUUUUUUCUGUAUAUAAGUAGCAUGUAUGGAUAGAUGUAUGAAUGUCUGAUCCGAGGUUAUAACUUAUUACAAUUAUAAAAAACAUAUUUUUAAUUACAUAUAACAAAAACCAAACACACACAAACACACAUACAUAUAUACAUAUAAUUAAAACAGAAAAAGGUACUGAUAUUGUAAAUUGUAAUUAAAAAACGAGAUAUUGUUUAUUACUGCAUAUACAUACAACAUACAUAUAAACAAAAUAUUUUUUAAUUUUAUUUUACUCCAGCCUUGUAUAGUGUUUUAGUUUCUAAGUCUCUUUAUUUUGUUUGAUGAUGAUGUUUAAUUUAAUUGAAAGAAAAAACAAAAAUAUAUGAUUUAAAUUCUAUUAUUAGAAACAUUCAUGAGAAACAUA